GAAAACAUUGGAAAGGUCAGGCCUAGUUGUGAGAACCCAACAAGAAGCUAAGCAAAUAACGAAGAAUGAGCCACAAAAGAGUGAUGAAGACUUCGAUUCUGGUCACCGGCCUCCAAGACACAAUUCUCAGAUGAAGGGUCGAAAGAAGUUACAGUGGCAAUGGUUGGCUAAUGCCCCAAAAGCUAUGGUGCCUAAAUCAAUGAGAACCCAACAAGAAGCUAAGCAAAUAAUGAAGAAUGAGCCACAAAAGAGUGAUGAAGACUUCGAUUCUGGUCACCGGCCUCCAAGACACAAUUCUCAGAUGAAGGGUCGAAAGAAGUUACAGUGGCAAUGGUUGGCUAAUGCCCCAAAAGCUAUGGUGCCUAAAUCAAGGAGCUGCUAUCCUCAACCUCAGCAACCUCAACUCCAGAGUGACUCAUGGAUGCACAACAACCUACCUUAUGCGACUGAAAAGAAGAAAAAAGAUGAAAAGAAGGGACGUAACUAUCUGAAAACAUUGGAAAGGUCAGGCCUAGUUGUGAGAACCCAACAAGAAGCUAAGCAAAUAACGAAGAAUGAGCCACAAAAGAGUGAUGAAGACUUCGAUUCUGGUCACCGGCCUCCAAGACACAAUUCUCAGAUGAAGGGUCGAAAGAAGUUACAGUGGCAAUGGUUGGCUAAUGCCCCAAAAGCUAUGGUGCCUAAAUCAAGGAGCUACAAUCCUCAACCUCAGCUACCUCUACUCCAGAGUGACUCAUGGAUGCACAACAACCUACCUUAUGCGACUGGGAGCUGCAGUCCUCAAGCUCUGCAACCUCAACUCCAGAGUUACUCAUGGAUCCAGAACAACUCACCUUAUGGGACUGGAGACCUCAGACCUGCACCCGCACUGGAUCCUCCAGCCCCGCCAGGCACACCAAGGAUGACACACUUCGUGGACCAGUAUCGAGUGCAGCUGGUGGAUCGAGUGACAUCAGUGGACCCCAUCCUGGACAGGCUGCUCGGGCAGGUGUUGAGUUAUGAGCAGUAUGAGACCAUCAGGGCCGAGGCCAUCCCGCAGGGCCAGAUGAGGAAGCUGUUCAGUUUGCUCAGGUCCUGGAACCGGGCUGGCAAAGAUCUCCUCUACCAGGCCCUGAAGGACACCCAGCCUUACCUAAUUAUGGAUCUCUUGGAGAAGGGGCACAGUAGAGGACACUGAGGGGCUCUUGCCCAGCUUGGCAGGUGACUUCUGCACACCUGAGUCCUGGCUCUCCUGGUCACUCUUGAGUCUCGUUUUCUUCAUCUCUAAAUAAGAGGCAUCUGAGAUGCGUUCUCGCUGUAAAGUUAUCGACUCUGGGGCC